UCGCAAGUCAAUUGGCUGCACUACUACAAGUUCAACAGCGAUCCUUCAAUCGACCUCCUCACGUCGAGAUCUGCGUUCUGAACGUGCUGUAAAUGUAUACAUUUGUUCACCGGUAGUUUACGUUUGUACUCGCCCAAGCGUGGCAUCGUUACUCCACCAUGUCAAACCGCGCUUUCGACACGUCGAAGCUUGGCACUGGGUAUGGCUUUGAGAGCUUUCCCCAGAAGAAGCUGGAAAUGCCCCCGACAUGGGCAAUUCUUGUGGGAUUGAGCUUCUUGGUUGGCGCAUUGUUGUUCUGGACAUACGUCGCCCUUACACUGUUCGCGCCCUCCCCUCGAAACCCUCGGCUUUCUGAAAAGCAGUAUAUCACUAUACUGCCUGACGGCACUCGAAGUGCACCGAAACAAUUGCCAUGUUGGCUCGACAAGUGGGCAGCCGAAAAGGAACUGGCAAAGAAAGAGGCAGCGAAAGCACCAGGAACCAAAGUCGUGAUACCGCCGCAGAUGCCGAUUGAGGAGGCUGAGCUGUUCAUGACCGUUGUAGUGCCUGCGUACAAUGAGGAAGAGCGCAUGGGUGGCAUGUUGGAGGAGGCGGUAGACUACCUCGAGAGUCAAUAUGGCUCAGCGCAUGAUGGUGAGAAGGGCAGUGGAAAAGAGAAGGGCUGGGAAAUCUUGAUCGUCAGUGAUGGUAGCACAGACGGGACGGUCGAUAAGGCAUUGGAGUUCGCUAAGGAACAUCAAUUGAGCGAACACUCGGUCCCAAUCGCUGGACCAUGGACGAAGAACGGCACAGGGAUGACCCUUCACUCGACGCAUAUACCCCACGGCAGUAUCCGUGUCAUCACCCUUGAGGAAAACCGCGGCAAGGGCGGUGCAGUCACACAUGGCAUGAGGCACGCAAGAGGGCAGUACAUUGUGUUCGCAGACGCAGACGGCGCAAGUCGAUUCGGUGACCUUGGCAAACUGGUCGAGGGCUGCAAGAAGAUCGAGGACACUGAUGGGCGAGGUGUCGCCAUUGGCAGCCGAGCCCAUCUAGUUGGCAGCGAAGCUGUUGUUAAGCGCUCAAAGCUCCGCAACUUCCUCAUGUACUCCUUCCACCUUUUUCUCCGCGUCAUGACCCCAGCCGCAACCGCCCGAAUCAAGGACACGCAGUGCGGCUUUAAGCUCUUCUCCCGACCGUCACUCCCCUAUAUCGUACCGUAUAUGCACUCCGAAGGCUGGAUCUUCGAUGUUGAGAUGCUCAUGCUAGCCGAGAGCGCCGACAUUGCUAUGAUCGAAGUUGCGAUAGGAUGGAAAGAGGUCAUGGGAAGCAAGCUUAAUGUUAUCUGGGAUAGCAUUGGUAUGGCGUGGGGACUUGCACUAUUGAGGUUGUGCUGGCUUGUUGGUAUAUGGGAAAGAGAUUAGAAGAACCGACAAGAGCACAAUCAAACAAUAUGCAUCAAGGCAGCCAGCCCCAACUCUAGCACCAGUUGCUGCCGACCUCCCUGUCGUUAGCUGCACGACUGCGACAGGGGCUUGUUAACUAACUUCAAGGACACCUCACGCUACAGCCUUCG